UGGAUCAUCACAAGAAAUGAGUGACGUUUCGAUGUUAUCUUCCGUGAAUCCAUGCCAUGUUUUUUUAGCUUAUUUAUUUUAAUGGGCGACAAUUUUUCUUUGCUCAAGUUGGCCUUUUAUUUUUUAUUGGUUUAUUUAUAUCACCGAAAUGCAUUAUGCAUCCAAUACAAAAACAUCAUUGGACCCAAAAUAUAAAUCUUAUUUUAUACUCCGACCUUCGUGCUUGUUCUUCAUUAUUACAGAAAAAAAAGGUGAAACAAACAUAGCCAGGUCCUUUGACUUUCCCCAAGAGAGAUUCUAGAGAUAAUCUGAAAGACUCUUAAUUGUUUCAAAUGAUUCGUUUGAAAGAGAAACUCUGUUUAUUCUUCAACAAUAGAUGGCUCGUAUUCGUUGCAGCAAUGUGGAUUCAGAGUUUUGCUGGUAUUGGAUAUUUAUUCGGCAGCAUUUCUCCGAUCAUUAAAAGCUCUCUUAAUUAUAAUCAGAGGCAACUUUCACGUCUGGGUGUGGCUAAGGAUUUGGGAGAUAGUGUUGGAUUUUUGGCUGGAACUUUAUCUGAAAUCUUGCCGUUAUGGGCAGCUCUUCUUGUGGGUGCUAUUCAGAAUUUUAUUGGGUAUGGCUGGGUUUGGCUCAUCGUCACCGGCCGAUCUCCAACUCUUCCUUUAUGGGUUAUGUGCAUUCUUAUAUUUAUAGGUACAAAUGGCGAAACCUACUUUAAUACAGCCGCACUUGUCUCAUGUGUGCAAAAUUUCCCUAAAAAUCGCGGUCCUGUUGUGGGAAUACUUAAGGGGUUCGCUGGCUUGGGUGGUGCAAUUAUGACCCAGAUAUAUGCGCUGAUCCAUUCCCCAGAUCAUGCUUCACUUAUAUUUAUGGUUGCCGUUGGACCUUCAAUGGUGGUUAUUGCUCUCAUGUUUUUAAUCAGGCCUGUUGGUGGCCACAGACAAGUCAGACCUUCUGAUGGAUUCAGCUUUUCAUUAAUUUACAGCAUUUGCAUUAUUUUGGCUUCUUACCUGAUGGGUGUCAUGCUUGUUCAAGACCUUGUUGACGUGAGUCACACCGUCACUACAAUCUUCACAGCUAUUUUAUUCGUUCUAUUGGUAAUCCCGGUGGUGAUUCCCAUCUCCUUGAGCUUCUCUCAAGCGACAAGAGGACCAUCAGAAGAGGCUCUUCUAUCUGAGUCACAAAAACAAGAUCCUGGUGUAUCUAAACAUAAUGAUGAUCAGGAAAUUAUAUUUAGUGAGGUUGAAGAUGAGAAGCCUAAGGACGUAGACUUGCUUCCAGCAUUAGAAAGGCAAAAAAGAAUUGCCCAACUGCAAACAAAACUAGCUCAAGCAGCCGCAGAAGGAGCAGUGAGGAUCAAAAGAAGGCGGGGCCCCCAUAGAGGGGAGGACUUUACCUUAAUGCAGGCUUUGAUAAAGGCAGACCUUUGGAUUAUAUUUUUCUCACUACUUUUAGGAUCUGGAUCUGGUUUGACUGUGAUUGAUAACUUGGGUCAGAUGAGCCAAUCUUUAGGAUAUGAUAACACACAUGUAUUUGUUUCCAUGAUCAGCAUAUGGAACUUCCUCGGUCGUAUUGGGGGUGGAUACUUUUCUGAAAUAAUUGUGAGGGAUUACGCCUACCCAAGACAUGCAGCCAUGGCUGUUGCCCAAGUUAUAAUGGCAUUUGGGCAUUUCUUCUUUGCUAUGGGUUGGCCAGGGGCUAUGUACAUUGGUACUCUUCUGGUCGGGCUCGGUUAUGGGGCUCAUUGGGCUAUUGUGCCAGCUGCUGCUUCUGAAUUGUUUGGCUUAAAGAACUUUGGAGCUUUGUACAACUUCCUCACUGUUGCGAACCCAGCUGGGUCAUUAGUAUUCUCAGGCAUUAUUGCUAGUAGCAUAUAUGACAGUGAAGCUGCAAAGCAAGCUCAAGAGCGUCAUCCCAGCCAAUGGAAUGGGGCAUCUAUUUUGUCAAGUUUUCUAGCUGUGGAGGAACCUCUAAAGUGUGAAGGUGCCAUAUGCUUCUUCUUGACUUCCUUAAUACUAUGUGGACUCUGCAUUAUUGCUGCUUGUCUAAGCAUGAUUCUAGUUUAUCGAACAAAGGCUGUAUACAAUCAGCUUUAUGGAAAAUCUCGUACAUAAUCCAUCACUCAAGUGAAGCUUGGAUAGAAGUUUGAGUGGUUUGCACAGAUACUCUCAACCAGCUUAUGGAUCCAAGCAUUUCACUGAGGUGACGUUGUUAGCCAUUACCAGAAAACAUCCUCCUGGAUGAGAGCAAGCAACAAUGGAGAUGGCUCAACUGAUUUUUUUGGUGUUAGAAGCUGUUCCUCGUAAUGUGAUAUAAAUGUUUGAUUGCAAUUCUUGAUUGGUGUAUAUUUUGCUUUGUCUUUGAAACUUGAAAUUGUUAUAUUCUGGUUGUCAACCAUCAUUUAUUGAAUGAGAUCUUCCAUUUUUUAAA